CCCGCCACUCCAGCGCCGCGACCCAACGCACGCGCACGCGCCGCGCCUCAGCGAUAUUCGCUCCGAUACAAUACCCAAAGUGACUGAUUAGUGUAAUGAACGUAAUCACUUACUGAUUGCAGAAAUCUCUUCAUUAAGUCAAUCGACUUUUAUUUUAAUCGAUUCACGUUUUUGUUAACAUUUUCUCUUAUAAACGGACAAGUGCAUUGAGUAAGUGGAGAAGGCUACAUUCCAAACCGGUGUCGUUCUUUAAUGGACGAGGUGUGUACUACUCUGUGUGUGUUUAGUAGUUAGCGAGGUGGUGACUGGUUCGGUUUUAGUGUUUACAGCUUUCCUCCUGCAGUAGACAGUGAUAUACGGUUAAAACGUUACUCGGAAACUUGUGAACUUCCCUCAGAUACGAGUUCCCUAGCCAUAAUGUAAUAGUGUUGACAAAAAGUGACAAGCAUUCAACAGAAAAAUGGCUCGCGGAACGCUGAGUGAAAACGAGCGCCACUGCUUAGACGCAGGCGCAAAAAAUCAAUCAGAACGUCUCCAAGAGUCGGAAAAAACACUUAGUGAUUGCAAACCGAAUGGACUCAGAGUGCGCUUCCUGGAUGAAGAAGGCAAAACGGAAAGGAUGGUCAGCGCCGACGAGGUCGACUGCGCUGUCACGCGGGUCAAGAAAAUACACAUUCUUAAAAACAGAAGUUCCAGUGAGACCAGCAUACUGCUGAGGAACCCGUCUCUCAUGAAGAGGCGCUCCAGUUCCGAACGCAGGUUCAGCGACGGAUUCACUGACAACAUAAACAACAACAACUUGAACGAAAAUCUCAACGGUAGAAUAAAAACGACAGAGUUUGACAAAUCUGAUAAGACUGAUGAAGCUGAUCAAACCAAAGAAGUAAACGGCCAGAGCUUUAAAAAGAAUUGCAAUGUGUACAGUGUGAACCAGGCGAAGACCUUGACUCCAGAGAAGAAGAAGUCACUACCGCUGACGAUGCCGAGGCUGAUCGGCCACAAGAUGCAGGAGAACGGUCAGACCAGGUCCAUCCUGCCGGCCGAGGUGUGUCUGGCUGACGGCGCGUCUGGCAAAGACUUCACGGCUCGUGCCAUCGGUCGGCUUUCCCGAGGAAUUGGGAAGCUGCUCCGGCGCACCAACAGCGUGCGCAUCAGUGAUCCCGAUCCUGUGUACAAAGUGGCGUACCUCGGAAACGUACUCACCGGCUGGGCUAGAGGUAAGCAAGGUGAGAGCUGUGUCGAGAAGCCACUGGCGACACUCUGGCGCAACUACCAGCAGUCGACCAAGCCCGACGUGGUGAUGAAGCUGUCCGUCACCAACUCCGGCCUCAAGGGGUUCACCAAAGAGCACGGACUCACCGAGUACUGGUCCCACCGCAUCACGUACUGCGCCAGCCCGCCACACUACCCCAAGCUCUUCUGCUGGGUGUACCGCCACGAGGGCAAGAAGCUCAAGCACGAGCUCCGCUGCCACGCCGUCCUUUGCACCAAAGAAUCAAUAUCAAAGAAGAUUACAGAGGAACUUCAAGUCAAACUGAAGCAGGCCCUAAAUGAGUUCAAAAAGGACAGAAUCUCUAAACAAAAUGCCAGGCUCAGUCUCGCUAACAGUGUAUACGAAAACCCAAGUAUGCCGCGCAGGAAGAUCCUGCUCAGCGUGGGAGCUAUGAACUACAGACCACCACUAGAGAGGUCUAAGUCAGCUCCGAAACUCGGAGCUAUUGAAGAACUUUGUUCAGAAGAAGACGAAGAAGAGGCGGAGAUGAACGCCAAACAGAACAGCGAGCCCUGGUCACGGACGUCUCUCACGACGGACAACUUCUAUUCCUCACAAACGCUCGACAGACGAAGGACCGACAUAAAGUCCCCGAGGAAGACAUCAUGCCCCGAGGGAAUUAUAAACAGAACGCUGUCAGACUCCGGAAGCGGUAAUGUUACCGUCUCCGAUGAAUUUUUGGAAUUGUUGGUGAAGGAAAGCCAAAAGAAUGGACGCAUCGAUGAUACUAGUCAUAGUGAAGGAGAAAAAGAAUCGAGAUUGCUGGAAGCGAUUGCCGAAUCGAACGAACUGAGUGACAACGCUGUGGCGGAGGGCGACUGUAAGGCUCUAAUGCAAAGUAACUACCUCGUCACGGAUAGCGACGACGGGUCUGUUUCUUCGGGCUGCGAGACCGCCAGCACGGUCACUGACACCGAGCCGUCGUCCCUGCCCUCGUUCCCUCAGGAAGAGCACAAGGAGCACGCGGACACUACUGCCUCCUACAUGGACCCCAGCUUCGAACACAAUGACAUGAGGAGCAGCAAUAGAAGCUUUAAUUCUGUUCACAUUAUGAAUAACACAGACCCUACCACCGGCUCCGAGGAGGUCAAUCAUGUGCCAAUCGGUGAGAAGAACACCUUCAGGCGAAGAUCUACAUAUCCCCCUCUGCGUGCCGAUACUAAUAUUAUGUCAGAUUUCGAUGGAAAGUUUGAAUCUCUCAUAGACAAUCUGACUGAUGUAGACAGCCUCAACUCGAGCACAGAAACUGAAGUCUUUAAAAACACGGGGGACAAUGACAGCGCCUGCAGUGACGAGUCGGGGUACUCUGAACUAUUGGAUGGCAAAGAGAGUAUCAUUGGUAAUACUAUUAUGGUCUAAAUAUUCCAAACCAUGGCCGCCUCUUAACGAGUGUUUCAUUUUCAAAGAAAAUUGAUGUCCCAAGGACAAGCAACGCUCCCUUGAUCUCUAGCGGGGCGGCAGCCAUGUUGAGAACUGUCGAAUUAUUUGAGAGUAGAUUUAGAGAUUAAUUGGUCUGGCAAAAUCAAUGCACGUAGUGAAAUAUUAUUGUGAAUUCUUUAUUAGGGUAUAAAUUAUGUAAUUUUACAGAGGUACUUUCGUAGGGUUUUAUGACUAGUUUCAAAUAUUGAUUGCCAAAACAACCUAUUCCCGGAUUGCUAUAGCAGUUGGUUGUCAGUCUCUGUCGUGUUAGAAAUGCACUUCUUUGUAAAUACAGGGUACAUCAGUACUUCAUCCAGUUGUCGUAUUACUAUGUUUAAAUGUUUGUAUAUAUUGUAACGUAAGUUCACGUAUUAGAUGAAAUUUAUCGGAGAUUUUAUUUGUAAAGAUUUAUUGUAGUUACUAUGGAUGCGAACAUCUGUUUUGUUUUGUCGAUAUUUAUUGUUUAAAGUAAGUAUAUUGUAAUAGUUGUCGAGGUGGGCUGUGGGCGGCACUAGUGGGUGCAACUACAUUUAUAUGAAAUGUAUUGGCAGUAUCGCAGGCGUGGGGUUCUAGGACAAAUAACUACAUAGUACUAUUGUGUUUACACAGUGUUCGACCGUUGCCCCUCGUAAAUAGUGUCGCUUAUCAGCCUGUCUCGGCGAUUAGUUUCUGUUGGAUCCACAGCUUCAAGCAGCACAAUGACCUUAAUUAAGUAUGUGGCUAGAUGGUGCAGAUAUAUCGAUAUUCCUAACACAACACUACUAAGUUUAAUGGGACAAAUAAGUCUACGUCCAAGUCCAGUCUCGUCCUUUUUCCUUUAUCUUCUUUUUUUCUAUUUCAUAUUUUGUAUACUUACCUACCUAUUGCGCCAUCUAGUUAUUCAUAGUUAGUUGUGUUCUUUGGCUGCUUCUAUGUCUGCAUUAGGGCUGCCGAUCACGAGCAGUCAGUCUGUACUUACGCAUUCCAUUCGCACGUGUACACCUACCCUAGCGGGUCAUCGUAAUCCUAUCAUAUUUGUAGCGGAGGAUAUUUUUUCGACGAAAAAUAAAUAAAUGAUUAAAAAUUA